GGUGAUAUCGAUAAUAUAGGUGAAGAAUUUUUUGCAAAAGUCUAGGGACUUGCUUGAUUUUUAGAUAUUUCCAAACACAAUUACGUUUGAUACAAAAAACAAUAGUGUCACAAAUGUCGCUGUUUCGCAAACCGAAGAAAAUACAGCGCCGCGUUUUCUCCAGCAAUGCGGACGAGGACGACAACACGUCCACAAUGGACGUUGAUGGGGACUUGGAAACACCCCCUCCUCCCAUAAUUUCGUUGUCCGGAAGCGGGAGGCGGGAUAAGGAUAAAAGUAAGAAAUCUAACAAACCAUCCGAAGACAAUGGUGUAACAACUGCCCAAGCUCACAACAAGCCCAAGGCAUUGCUUAGUUUUGCUGACGAUGAGGAUGAUGGGGAGGUAUUUCAAGUGCGCAAAUCUUCGCACAGCAAGAAAGUAAUGCGAAUGCUGGACAAAGAACGUCGCAAGAAGAAGCGGGAGGAGCGAGCGGAGCACUCUGGUCAUAGUGGAGGAGUAAUGGGUUAUGAAAAUGGUAGUACAACAACAACACAACAGCAGCAGCAUUUAGAGACGUCCAGUGGCACUGUCACUUCGGGUGUUGGUACUGCCAACUCAAGUAGAUAUAAAAGUGCCUCGAGUACGGCGAGUGACAAUCCGAACGUACAAAGUAAAAGUAAAAAGUGUGAUAAUGAUAUGAUCCAAACCGAAAUACGCACAGACGACUUUGUGCUCGUGGUCAAAAAAUCUGAAACGCCUGAUGUUGUUUUAAAUGGACGUGCCGCACUCUGUGCUGGCCGCGAUGAUGUAAGUGACGAUGAGGGACGACUGGAUGACGAUGGCGACAGUGAUAAGACACGUCAUCGUUUCUCAAAACCAGAGCACUUAAAGCAAAUGCUGGAGAGUGGUUCCAUACCCGAUGCAGCGAUGAUACAUGCGGCACGCAAACGCAGACAGCGAGCAAGAGAGCAAGGUGCUGGUGAUUACAUACCAAUCGAAGAACCCAAAGAGCCGCCCAAGCUUAGCUCACGUUUGCCACGCGAAGAUGUCGAGGGCGAUCAAUCGGACGAUGAGGAACGCAUGGAUAUGAACGAUAUAACGGGACGAAAGGAGCGCGAAGAGCGUCGUGAACAGUUCUAUGCAGUUGAAAAUGAUUUAACCGAGGAAGAUUCUGAUCGUGAAAUGCAUGAGUGGGAAAACCAACAAAUACGCAAAGGUGUCACCGGUGCCCAAUUGGUGCAUGCUCAGCAUGAAACUGUUCUAUCACGUUUCAUGAUCAAGCCAGCAGCGCCGACGGGCUUGGGAUCCUUGGAAUUGGAGGAUGCGGUGCGUCAAGUGCCGCCGUCAACAUCAACCUUGUUGGAGCAAGCCUAUGCAAAGAACGCAAUAGAUAAAACAAGUAAUUUGGCUACAGCGAUGCGAUCAAGUUUCUCCAAGCCUAAAAAAGAGAAAGCUAAACCGACGGCCCUGCGAACACCUCAGGAGAUGCGUACAGCGAUCACAACACGCAUUAAUGAGCUGCAGGAUCGCAACGAUGACCACAGUGCGUCAAUUACACGCAUUGCCAACGAGCUGAAAGCAUUGAAGCUACAGGAACUGGAAUGUCAACAAAAUGCCCCAACGGCAGCGGCCAAAUAUAAGUUCUAUCAGGAGAUCAAGUGUUAUGUCAAUGAUUUAGUUGAUUGCCUGGCAGCCAAAUCGCCGCAAAUCAACGAUCUGGAGAAACGCGCCCUGCAGCAAUAUGGUAAGAGUCAACGUUAUCUGGUUAAUCGUCGACGUCAGGAUGUGCGUGAUCAGGCCAAAGAGAUGGCAGAAGCAUCAAAAUCUGUGACAGCUGCUGUUAAACGAACACCAGAAUACGAGGAGCAAGUCCGCCGUGCCGCUGAACGGGAAGGGCGUCGCACGCGUCGACGUUGCGAUCGAGAACGAAAUGACUUACUCGCCUCGCAUCUAGACGGCAUGUCCAGUGAUGAUGAGAUUGCCGACCAACAGCAGGAACAAUGUCUGGCGGCAACAGCGCUCAUCGAACAGCAAGCAGCCGAGGCUUUCGAAGAUGUGGUCGAUGAUUUCUGCAAAAUCGAGCUGAUACUUAUCAAGUUUUACGCUUGGCGUAAAACCGAUAUGAGUUCGUAUCAAGAUGCCUUCGUUAGUCUUUGCCUGCCCAAAUUGUUGGCGCCUCUGGUGCGUCACGAGUUGCUGCUAUGGUCACCGUUACUUCAGGAAUACACAGAUAUAGAAACAAUGCAUUGGUAUCAAGCCUGCAUGUUGUAUGCUUUCGAGUCGGAGGAAACUAUUGAGCGGCUGAAGCAGGAUCCUGAUAUUAACCUGGUGCCCUCGCUUAUAGAAAAGAUUGUGCUUCCAAAAGUGAACUGUCUGGUCGCCGAAUGCUGGGAUCCAUUAUCAACGACGCAAACGCUGCGGCUUAUUGGCUUUAUCAAUCGCUUAGGUCGCGAAUUUCCGCUUCUUAGCAGCAAUAAACAAUUGCGAAAACUUUUCGAGUCAAUUUUAGAUCGCAUGCGGCUGGCUCUCGAAAAUGACGUUUUCAUACCUAUUUUUCCAAAGCAAGUGCAAGAAGCCAAGGGCUCUUUCUUUCAGCGACAGUUUUGCAGUGGUCUUAAAUUAUUUCGAAACUUCCUUAGCUGGCAGGGAAUUUUGGCAGACAAACCGUUGCGGGAGCUAGCUAUUGGAUCACUUUUAAAUCGAUAUCUUUUAUUAGCCAUUCGUGUAUGCACACCAAAUGAUGCGAUUGGCAAAGCAUACAUUAUUGUAAAUACCCUGCCAACAGUUUGGCUCCUUCCUAACAGUGAUACACUAAAGAAUUUGGAGCUGUUUAUUACAUUCAUACGACAAACGUUGGAAACUUGUGAUGCCAACAAUCCUCUUUUUAUGCAAUCCUGUGAGAAGGCUAAGCAAAUACUACAAAGACUACAUAGUUUGUAAAGUGAAAGCAACACACAUACAUCUGGUAUUAGACUACACUUAUCACGAUUAAAUCCUAGCUCAAUUAUGGGUUUCUGCUUAUGAAACAGUAACAAUCAAAUACUCGGUAAAACGUAUAUUAAAUAAUGGAAAUCACAUAAUUACCAAGUGUUGUUUGAAACACGGUCUAAAACUGUUAAAUUUAUUACACUCAUCAUUAUAACAUAAAAAAUCCCAAAACAAAAGGAAAAUAAUGUACAUAUUAUUCGUAGCAUAUGUGAACUGUAAUAAUUGGAAUUUUGGUAAAUGAGCCAACUUAAUUCCAAAUAAAAUUAUGUCUGUAGUACUUAA